UCUUUAGAUAAUAUUUAACUGUAUUAUUGUAUAUAUUAACAAAAUAAAUUACUCAAUCUUACAGUUGUAAGAUUGAGUAAUUUAUUUUGUUUUUGUUUACGUAAAUACAGUACAGUAGUGGUAUAUACGCAAGAUUUUUUAAAUAAUAAUUUAAUAAUAAUCACUAUGUGAUAAUCAGUCAGUUGACGGUUCCUUUUAAAGGUUUCCCGGUCUCGGUCGUCGCGUCGGUGUCGGGUGUCGCCCCGUGUCGGUGUCAGAGAAAUACUAACUAACUAGUCUUAGUCCGUAUUCUAUCUAUUCUAAAUCCGUAGUCUAUAUUUAUGUUCUGUGCCGUAUUCUGUUUCUGCGUUUCUGCUCCAUUGCUCCGUGCUAGAACGCGGGUCAUAUCAAAAUGUCUCCACCCAAAAGUAUUUUGUGGAAAUACUUUGAAAAAAAGAGUUCAACACAUGUCGUUUGCAAAAUAUGCAUGAAAGAAGUUAAAACCUCUGGAAAUACGUCAAAUAUGGCGAAACAUUUGAAGAUACACAAACAUAUUAAUUUGAACAAAACUCCUGCUCCUACUGAUAAUAAAUCUACAAAAAGUUCGAACUGUUCGGAGUCAUCGAAAGGAAAUAGUGAUUGUGAAAUGAAUAAUGAUGAAUCUAUUGCUUCUACAAGUACAAUGGAUAUAGAAGGACAGCACGAAUCAUCAUCUUCAUUGGAAUACGGCUCGGCCAUAGUUUUACCUGAAACGAUUAACAAAGUAUUUGACAAUAUUCGUUCAUUUAAAACAGGAGGAAAGCAGAAUAUGAAAAUAACACAGGCCAUUCUAUACUUCAUUUGUGCAGAUUACCGACCAUUUUAUGCCACGCAAUGUCGAGGAUUUCAACGACUGAUGCGAGAAGUGGCUCCUCUAUAUAAAAUUCCUUGUUUGGAUACAUUUAAGAAUGCGUUGGAUAUGAAAUAUGAUGUCGUUUCAGAAAAUUACAAGAAAAAAUUUGCAACCAUACCUUUCUUUUCUAUGACAUGCAAUAUCUGGACUGAAAUGAUGUCAUGUCGUAGUUUUUUGGGCAUAACUAUCCACUACAUAUCAGAUGCAGAGUUAAAGAACACAGCAAUAGAAGUACACGAGUUGAACGAACGGCAUAAGGCGGAUUAUAUCGGUGCUAAUUUAAGUGAAUUAUUAUUAAAGUGGAACAUAAGUUCUGACAAAUUGGUAGCUAUUGUAACAGACAGUGGUGCGAAUAUGGUCAGUGCGAUCCAUAUAACUUUCGGAAAAGAAAAACACAUACCAUGCUUUGCGCAUCUUAUUAACUUAGUAAGUGAAAGUAUUUUAACAAGACGAUCUGAUAAAAUGAAGGAGAAAGAUGAAACUGCCAAUAAUAAUGAAAAUGUUUUGCAGAUAAUCGAAAAAGUUCGAACCAUUGUAAAAUGGGUAAAAAGCAGUGUGAUUAAUAGUGACGAACUACGAAGGUUACGAACUAGUACUGGUAUUGCACAGGGUAGUGUAAAAAAAUUCUCGGAUGUAAAAACAAGGUGGAAUUCAACAUUCUACAUGCUGGAAAGGUUUGUCGAGAUGGCAGAAAUGCUGAAUGACAUGCUGCUUAAUAAACCAAAAGCGCCUCCAAUGGUAACGGCUGUGGAAGUUUGUACCAUCAAAGAAAUUUUAUUAGUUUUAAAGUCUCUUGAGUAUCUUACAAAAGAAACAAUGGGAGAACAAUACAUAACUAUUUCUAAAGUUAUACCAUUAUUACUUUGUCUUUCCAGAAAUUUAGAAGCAGUUGAUUUGGAACAAGAAAUGGUCAAGAACCUCAAAAUCAGUUUGCAAGCUGAAAUAAAGAAAAGGUUUGGAAAAAUAGAAUAUGUUUCAUAUAUGGCAAUAGCCACAAUUUUAGAUGUCAGAUUUAAAACCAUGUAUUUUACUCAGCCCCAAGCCCAAGCACAAGCAUUAUCUCACAUCAGACAGAUGAUUAAAAAUACUCCUAAUCAAUAUAUGCCUGAUAUUCAGGAGGUGGCAGAUUGUGGUAAUAUUGAUGAUAAAGAUAAUUUUUGGAGCUACCAUACUACCCUCACGCAGCGUAACUUGCAGCAGCAGGAACAGAGUGAAAAUUUAAAGGAUGAGCUAGAUUUAUAUCUUAAAAGACCCUUAGCUCCAUUAACAGCAGACCCAUUAAAGGAGUGGGCAAAAUUAAAACCUGCCUUUCCAGUACUUUUUAAUAUAGCAAUGAAACAUUUUGUAGUGGUGGCAACUUCAGUGCCAUCAGAAAGAUUGUUUUCGAGAACAGGGAAUACGGUUACUCAGUCGCGAAAUAGACUUUUAGGUAGCAGACUAAAUAAACUGUGUUUCUUAGCGAGUAUUCCAGAAAAUGAUUUUUUUUUAUGAAGAAGGCUAGGGGCCUAGGCUAGGACCAUCACCUAGCGAGAGUAUUCUCGAUUUUACUUUAUUAUUAGACCUAUAUCCUAUAUAAUUAUUUUAUCUGUAUUCCUACCUAUAUGUUAUUCUGUUAUUAUUUUUUAAAAUAUACGUAUAAGAAAAAUAAAUGUAUAUAUUUUUUUAAAUAUUAUACGUAAAUAGUAAGUAAGUAUAUUUAUUCUAGUAGUAGUUAUUACAUACAUAUGUAUAUGUAAAAAUAUAUUCAAAAUGGGCACCAU